CAAACUCCUUAUCCUCUCUCUCUCUCUCUCUCUCUGGCAACUACAAGCACCCCCUUGCAAUGGCGUCUCAGAUCUAACAGUAGCACAAAGGUAUAUUCAUAUAUUCAUAUUGAUCGAGAAAACGACAGCGUUUAGUCAGGUAGAGAGUUGGUUGCUUCCGUUUGAGAUGCGGAGAGUGGCGUAUUCAUUCCCAGAGGAGGUUCUGGAGCACGUGUUUUCGUUCAUUGAGUGUGACAAGGACCGUGGUUCGAUCUCGCUGGUGUGCAAAUCGUGGUACGAGAUCGAGAGAUGGUGCAGGAAGAGGGUGUUUGUGGGGAACUGCUACGCUGUGAGUCCUUCAACGGUGAUAAAACGGUUCCCUAAGUUGAGAUCCAUCACCAUCAAGGGGAAGCCUCACUUCGCUGACUUCAAUUUGGUACCCGAGGGUUGGGGCGCUUAUGUGCGCCCUUGGAUCAUGGCCAUGGCUGAUGCUUAUCCCUGCCUUCAGGAGAUUAGGCUCAAGAGGAUGGUCGUAACCGACGACUGUUUGGAGAUUAUUGCUAAAUCGUUUAAGAAUUUCAGCGUGUUGGUUCUCUCCUCUUGCGAGGGUUUCACUACUGAUGGACUUGCUACCAUUGCCGCCAAUUGCAGGAAUUUGAGGGAAUUGGACUUGAGGGAGAGUGAAGUGGAUGACAUUUGUGGACACUGGCUAAGCCAUUUUCCUGAGUCGUAUACAUCGUUGGUUUCCCUCAACAUUUCUUGCUUAGGCAAUGAGGUGAAUUUGUCUGCUCUAGAACGCCUGGUUAGUAGGUGUCCCAACCUGCAGACGCUUUGCCUCAACCGUGCUGUGCCCCUUGAUAGGCUAGCCAACCUUCUUCGUGGAGCUCCUCAGCUGGUUGAGUUAGGCACUGGAACCUACACGACUGAGAUGCGACCUGAGGUAUUCUCGAACCUGGCGGCAGCAUUUUCUGGGUGCCAGCAAUUGAAGAGCUUGUCUGGCUUUUGGGAUGUGCUCCCGUCUUACCUUCCAGCUGUCUACCCUAUCUGCUCCCGGCUGACAUCACUAAACUUGAGUUAUGCUACGAUUCAGAGCCCCGAUCUUAUCAAGCUUGUUAGUCAAUGUGAGAGUUUGCAGCGGUUAUGGGUGCUGGAUUACAUAGAAGAUGCUGGCCUUGAAGUGGUUGCUGCAUCUUGCAAGGAUUUGAGGGAGUUGAGGGUGUUUCCAUCUGACGCAUUUGGAUUAGAACCAAAUGUGGCGUUGACAGAGCAGGGCCUUGUUUCUGUGUCUGAAGGCUGCCCCAAGCUCCAGUCAGUUCUAUACUUUUGUCGUCAAAUGUCUAAUGCUGCCUUAAAUACAAUUGCCCGAAACAGGCCUAAUAUGACUCGUUUUAGACUAUGUAUUAUUGAGCCUCGGACUCCUGACUAUCUUACCGGUCAAUCUCUGGAUACUGGUUUCGGGGCCAUUGUAGAGCAUUGCAAGGAUCUUCGGCGCCUUUCCCUUUCUGGGCUUCUUACUGAUCGUGUUUUUGAGUAUAUUGGGACUUACGGUAAGAAGCUUGAGAUGCUUUCUGUGGCUUUUGCUGGAGAGAGUGAUUUGGGACUCCAUCAUGUGCUGUCCGGGUGUGACAAUCUUAGGAAGCUGGAGAUAAGGGACUGCCCCUUUGGUGACAAAGCCCUUUUGGCAAAUGCUGUUAAGCUGGAGACAAUGCGAUCCCUUUGGAUGUCCUCUUGCAUGGUGAGUUUUGGAGCAUGUAAGCUGCUGGGUAAGAAAAUGCUACAACUUAAUGUUGAAGUCAUUGAGGAAAGAGGACCUCCAGAUUCAAGGCCAGAGAGUAGUCCUGUCGAGAAGCUUUAUGUUUACAGGACCAUUUCGGGGCCCAGAUUGGACAUGCCUGGCUAUGUGUGGAGAAUGGAAGAUGAUUCUGCUUUAAGAAUUUCUUGAGUGAUUGUGCCGUGGGGUGAGCCAUGGAAUUGAUGAAGCAUUUGAUGUGAGAAUUGUUGGUGCAGGUACAUGCUCGGUAUGCUACACUAUUAUAAUUUAACACUGUUGAACGGCCUAUGUUGUUGCUGUUAUGGUUGGUGUUUGAGCCUAGGUACAGGAGGGUAUACACAAGGCUUGAGCUCAAUUGCCAUUCAUUUUACACUUUGGCUGAGCUACGAGAUUCCAAUUCUGAUAAAUAAAAGACAUCGGAACUUUGUUUAUGUUAUAUGUGGCAGCGGAUACUGUUGUUAUAUUACUUUUCAUAUCAUUAUGAUAUUUUACAGACUUGUGCAUGAUAUAUAUAUGCAUGUUAGUGUUACCCUGCUCUUUUCAUAGUAAGAUAUUGGUGGACUCGGUUGUCAUUAUCAUUAUUAACCUUCGGAAGGAAUAAAAUCUAUAUUCAUAUGCUAAUGCAACCUGGUUUAUUGUUUGCAACUACGUUAAUGGAUUUGAUGUAAAUGUAAUGCCUUACUUUCUCUUGUUCUAUUCAGAGUCGAUCGAAGCUGUGGAAUAAACGAUCGCAUGAGUAUAAUGACUUUCAGAGUCGUUGGACAUUUGAGUCCUGACGCAUGUGAACCGAGGAAUGGCUCAAGCGGUGAAAAGGUUUCCGCAGUUCAACAGAGCUGUUAAAGUAUUUUAAUAGCCGUUUCCAUCGGUUUUUUACUUUAAUCUUAAACUCGUAUCCAAAUCCCUUUUUUGUAGCCUAUAUUGUGCUAAUCUCUCCGUCGAAAAUAGGUUAAACUGAAGACUGUAGAACAUGCAACCUUUCCAACGAAGUAACAAUGAUAUUGUAACCUUGUUACGAGUGAGGAACCUGUAAUGAUGUCAUUAUUCUCUGAUAAUAAAUAAAGUUCUCUUUUCACC